GGCGGGUGGGGAAGGAUCGCCGGCGAGAUCCCGAGGCGAGGCUCGCGCGCCCGCCCCCGCCCUGGCCCCCAGCGCCCACCCGGUCGGCCCGGCUCAGCCAUGAUCAAGGCGAUCCUCAUCUUCAACAACCACGGGAAGCCGCGGCUCUCCAAGUUCUACCAGCCCUACAGUGAAGAUACACAACAGCAAAUCAUCAGGGAGACAUUCCAUUUGGUAUCUAAGAGAGAUGAAAAUGUUUGUAAUUUCCUAGAAGGAGGAUUGUUAAUUGGAGGAUCUGACAACAAACUGAUUUAUAGACAUUAUGCAACAUUAUACUUUGUCUUCUGUGUGGAUUCUUCAGAAAGUGAACUUGGCAUUUUAGAUCUAAUUCAAGUGUUUGUGGAAACAUUAGACAAGUGUUUUGAAAAUGUCUGUGAACUGGAUUUAAUUUUCCAUGUAGACAAGGUUCACAAUAUUCUUGCAGAAAUGGUGAUGGGGGGGAUGGUGUUGGAGACCAACAUGAAUGAGAUCGUUACACAAAUUGACGCCCAGAAUAAACUGGAGAAGUCUGAGGCUGGCUUAGCGGGAGCUCCAGCCCGUGCUGUAUCAGCUGUAAAGAAUAUGAAUCUUCCUGAGAUCCCAAGAAAUAUUAACAUUGGUGACAUCAGUAUAAAAGUGCCAAACCUGCCCUCUUUUAAAUAAAAAAAGUUAAAAAGGCCACUCCCAGGUAAAAUCCAGGGGGAAAAGUCAUCUAAGUUUACCAUGCAGUUGUUUACCAAAAAUAGAGGAGGAGAGUCUUAAGUUUUGCUCUUGGAUUGAAGUCAAGGUACUGUAGAGAAGUUGCGUAAAACCCGUACGGAAGUUCAAUGUUGCUUUUCCUGCUCAGUGAUUUUGAAGAAAUGGGGUAGUUCCAGUGUGAUACUUCACUUUCUUUUCUAAACUGCAUUCCCGUGCCCACCUAAGGCAUGCCUCUAUGUAUUGGCUACUACAGUAUUUCAGAAGGUGUGUGAGACAUUUCUUUCAACUGUGUACAAUCCAAACUUUUGGUGUUUUGUAUGGAUCACAAGUGCAGCAUUCCAUAGUUCUUUCUGUUAUUUGUCACACUUGUUAUUUAAAGAACCAAGUAUGUAUUGCAUGAAAACAUUAUGAUCUUUUUCUCUUAGUUUAAAUAAACUCCAAGGUAACUGGACUUCUAAAGCACCUUUCUGUUUGCCUGAUAUCUACUUUAGCAAUAAUUUUUUUACGACCCUCUGACUCAACAAAGUAAAUAAAAGUAUAUUUUAUCACUGUUAA